CGCGCGCAGACUAGCUUUGCCCAACACUAGCGCACCACCGAAGCGCCCGAUGGCGUCGCCUCGCGUUUUUUUCGAGAAAAUAAGUAGUUUUAAUAUAAAUUCGCCUAAUAAUCUAAGUUAGUUGUUAAUAAUUAGUAUGAUAAAUAUAAUUUCUGUGAAAAUAAGUUAGUUAUACGUAAAAAUGGAUGCUAAAACUUCGGAAUGGCGAGCCGGGCCAAAUGUUUGUCGUUGUUGUUUAACCGAGGGGUGCUACAAGGACAUUUCCACCGAAUAUUUCUGGAUGGGAAAGCGAGAGGUUUACGCUGAAAUGCUGGCAGACACCUUAAACGUUUCAAUAUCCUACUCCCAAUCCGGCGGACCGAACAGCAACAGUCGUCUCAUCUGUGAACUCUGCAUAUCUCGGUUACGAGAUGCCUCCGACUUCAAGCGACAAGUGCUGGAGUGCGAGAAGUCGUUCACACAACACCUGGACGCUGGCGCUUCUAAUAUACUGGAACUUGAUGUAACAGUGGAACCGGCAGACUCGGACGUGAAGUUGGAACAUGUGAAGCAAGAGAAACGGCUCAGCGAUGAUGAUGAUGACUUUGAUGACAGAUGUGGCUUUGACGAUGAUGAUGAUGAUGACCUUGACGAUCAACCUCUCACGAAAUUAGCGACUAAAAUACCCAAAAAGGAGACGGUAGACAUACUAGAUCUCCUUGACAACUCAAAAGCUACAGAAAAACGGAAAUCUUCUACCAAAACCAAGGCAGUUCCCGCUAAAAAGACUAAGUCGGUGAAGAAGGAACCGGUUAAAGCCGGAGCUAGUAAAGUUGUGGCUAAAACCGAUAAGAAGAAAAAAGGGUCCACAAAGGAUACUGACGGACCUAGUCAGAACGAAAUUAAACCAAAACAGAGAUUGUUCGAACGGUCUGUCGGUCAGAACCCGCAAAGACAAAAUGCUGUGCUUGUACUAAAGCAUUCGACAGCGUUCCCCUUUAAGACCCGUUUCAAUAGGAUCGUUUGCUCUUACUGCCAUGACGAGUUUGAACCGAUGGCAGCUUUGAGAGACCACAUGAAAACCGCACAUUCCAACGCUGACUACAACAGCGCUUUCUAUAAAGUCUAUGACGCCCUAAAAGUUGAAAUCACAGACUUAAAAUGCACCGUUUGUUCCCAAGAGAUUCCUGAUAUAGACAGCUUUAUGAACCAUAUUUCUCGAGAUCACAAAAUCAAAGUUAACUUUGACGUACCUUUUGGAGUACUUCCUUAUAGGCAAGGGCCCUCAGGGAAAUGGACUUGUCUAGAAUGUGAUAAAACUUUUCCAAAAUUCUCUCAAAUCAACGGCCAUUUACGAACGCACAUGAAGAUAUUUACUUGCGAAAAGUGCGGAGCUACGUUCUUAUCAGACCACGGUUUGAGACAACAUGAACGUAAUUUUAAAUGCUACAAGUCUUCCUAUAACCCUCGUUUUGGAAAAGCUUUGAAAUACAAAAGUAAUACCGAGAUUAUUCUCGAAUGUUCUACUGCCUGUCCUUUCAGAACUUGGGGCCAGAAUUUUAACUGCGUUUUCUGCCGCGUUCAAUCAAACGAUCCUAUAGGAUUGAGAGCUCAUAUGGCGUCCCGUCACGCGAAUUUCGAUAUACAACUGGUCUUUAGCAGGAAGAUACGAAAGGAAUUUUUGAAGGUUGAUAUAACAGACUUGCAAUGCAAGCUUUGUUUUAUACCUAUAGACACUUUAGAUGACCUGAUGUCACAUUUGAAGAAUGAUCACAAACAGCCCUUGAACGCUGAUGUUCAGCCAGGAGUAUUGCCGUUUAAGCUAAACGAUGGCUCUAACUGGAAAUGCGCGAUAUGCAAGAUCCAAUUUUCAGAUUUCAUAUCUCUAAAGAAGCAUACAGCUGAACAUUAUCAGAAUUACGUCUGCGAUACUUGUGGAGAAGGUUUUAUAACCGAAUCUGCAUUGAAAGCGCAUACAAAAAUUCCUCAUGACAACAAAUACACGUGCAGUCGUUGUGUAGCUACAUUCACGACGUUAGAAGAACGUAACAUUCAUAUCAAAACGCAACACACAACCCUACCUUACAUGUGUGUUUAUUGCAAAGAAAAACCGAGAUUUGCAACCUGGGAACUGAGAAAACGACAUUUAAUGGAGUUUCACAAUUACAAGCCGGGUGCAGAAAUGUAUGAAUGUACGACGUGCCAUAUGACAUUCAAAACUCGUUCGCAGAAAUACCAUCAUAAUGUUAAAACCCAUAGGACGAAAAAGGAAACUGAAUAUAGCUUUCCUUGUGGUAGUUGUUCUAGAGCGUUCGCUUCUAAGCUGUCUUUGGACAAGCAUAUUGCGAAAAAGCACUUCCAUGUAUGAUACUUAAAUCUUCUCCCGUUAGAAUUUUACGUGAAUAGUCUUGACUGAUUUUUAAAUGGUUGUAUUUUUUUGGAUGCAAUAUUAUAAGUUUAGGUAUAGCAAAUAGACUUAUUUGGAAAGAAUCUCAAUCGUGAAUCAUAUUUUUUUUUUAUAUUUUUGAAAGUUAAGGAUAUAUCCAGUUAUUUGCAAAUCCCAGUUUAUAAAAACUAUAGCGAGAUUUCCCCAAAAGAUACUCAUUUAGAGACUUAGAAAACCAGUUUGACGACAUGAGUCUGUUUAAUUUUAAAAGUUCAGUGCCUCUGAAGUCUGAAUCCAGAGAGGCAGAGUUUUUUGACGUAACUGUACUCCAUAGAUUCCUUGAAUAAGUUGUUAGGAUCCGAAUUGUACUGCAAUGCAAACGAAAGAAAAUUAUUCAUGCGCUCCGAGAAUUGUUGCAUUUAAUAUGACAAUGGAUGGCGUUAAAAAGCGUUUUGGACGCUUGUGAUUAGGAUCUCAUAACAAAAAUUAACAUUUAAAGUGAUUGAUAGGCCGAAAUGCUCUCUAAAAUGCAAUAAAUCUAGAUUAUAGCUCAAAACUAAGUGUUGUUUGUAGGAAUAUGCUGAAAAUUGCUUGAGAUAAAACUGUUUCUCUUUAUACAUCUUAUUGGUUUACUUUUUAACUUAUGAAAAAAAACAUUUUUUUUUAUGUACUCCUAUGAUCUUGUAGACUUUUUUGAGACUAGCAAUAUUUUAAUAUUGUUUAAUUCCGUAUCUUGCCUUCCAAUAGAAUAUAGUAAACAUGUUUGUUCUUUAUCAAUGAAUAAAUUGGGCCGGUGCAUAUCUUCUUCCAUAACUUAAUAUUAUCUUGGUUGUCCAAAGGUUCCCAGUGAUGUUUAAAACUAUGAUGUAUUUCAAUCCGUUGUACAAUAAGUACAUCAAUAAAUAAAUACUAUUGGAUAUUUUCAGCAUAAUUCUGAAAUGCAAUGUAUUCUAGAUAUUACGUAGCGAGUACGUAUGUAAUUUAUUAUUUAGAAUAAAUAUUAUUAUGAAGUACAUAUGUAUAAUAUUAAGACGUAAGUCCAAUAAAGAGAUUAUAGUUUA